AUGCCCACAAAAGACGGAGCGGCAGCGAGCCGUGCGAAGCGCUUUGCCGAUCAGCGUCCUGUCGGUGACGUCCCUUGCUGGCUUCGUCGAUCCUACACGCGGACGAUCCCGAAGGACAUUCGGACGACACGGCAGCUGCACCGCACCUUCGAGGAUAUUCGCGAGCAGUGGCGGGAUCUGUGCAAAGCUUACACGCACGAAAGGGCUAAGUCUUCUUCGCAAGUGGAGUCAGACACAGAGGAGGUUGUUCCGCAUGGUGCUCGGAGUGCGGUAGAGCGCCUGGUGAGCCAGUUGAAGUCGGUGAAGCAGGAACUACUGGCACACCUGUCGAGGCUCUCUGGCGCACUCGCCGGACCCGCUGCACCUCUGCCGACUGCGGACACGGCCUCCUCGCUGCCUGCCUGGGUAAGUGACUUGAUGGGGAGCAACGACACCUCCAGUGCGAGCACGGUUCGCGUGGCGCAGAAUUCGGAAGCGAUGCAACACUACCUGCAGGCGAUUUGGCUGGCGCGGCGAGUGUGGGUGUGGUCCCUCUGCUUUGCGAGCGUCGUGAUGGACCUGGAACUGCUGUCGGGCAGUGUCAGCGUCGCCGCGGCGCUCUUCUUCGGCAACGCGUUUGACACAGCCAUGACGCCUGAGCUAGGGGAAGCAAAUUGCGCAGAGAGGGAUAACCUUGUUCUUCACAGCGCCUACGACAUGGACGGCUCCAUUUCAGAAGCACUCCUCUAUGCGACGGUAGCAGCAGCAGCAGCGGAAGCGGAAGGACCAUCUGAGGGUCGAUCAGGCAACGUGGUUGCCAAUCUUGACGACCCCGAUUUGCCGCCGCACGUCGCCGUUAAACUGGAUGAGGAAGAGUGUGAGGUGGCUGCCUUUUUCGGCUGCGGUGUGUCGUCUGUGCGCUACACCGCCGACACCGUAGCUGGAGUACCCUCAACGCACGCAGACCCGCACGCGGCAGUGAUGAAGGGCGAAGGUCUCACCCCUUCGCCAGAGAUCUCUUCAGCACUGCCGGUACGUGACUUGUUUUGGGUACACGCUGUUGCGCUGUGCUACAGUGUGAUGGCGCGCGAUUACACAAGUGCGGCGCGUUUGCUUUCGGUCUUCGAGACGGCGAAGCGUUCCUUUUCAGUCGAGGAGGCGGAGGGGGGCACGGAGGGCACUGAGCCUUUAUCCCCGACCUCUGCGAAGGCAGCCGAGCAGGCUAACCCGUUGCAGCAGUCUCCGGUGCUACAGGCUGCCACUGUAUUCGUACUGCUCGCGGCGAAGCUGAUCGUCGACGAGGACUACAACGCUGUUCAGCAGCUUCUUAGCCGCGCUGGCUUCGUCAGCUGCGACGAUAGGGGCUCUCAGAGUGGUGCGCAGGGCCGCUCGAGCUCGUCGCUGGCCGCCUUGUGCCCCCAGGGUGUUCUUCUGCGCUUCCUGAUUCGCCUUUUGGCCGAACAUGUCGUGCGACGGCGAUGGACAGAGCAUGGGCUGGGGCAGGCCUUUCGACCCAUGGAACCGUUUCAUGUCGCUGCCGAUGCCGCCGCGGCGGGGUCAGGCAUCCCGAAGGCGUCUAAUCGACAUCGGCUGGCGUGCGCGCUGGCGACUGGUGCGUCAACUGAUGAGACGGCAGAGCGUUCCCAAGCUGACAGCUGCACAGCCACAUGGUCUCUCUUCCACGGCACGCAACAUCUCUGCGACACUUUACAGAUGGCCGCCCUGCGAAAGAUGGGCGGCGACUGGCCACUUCCUCCGGCACUGCUGAGAAAUGCCUUUGCGUAG